GCAUAGGUUGGGUUAUGGUGUGAAACAUUUGUUAGCCUUCAAAGGAAUGAAGAAAAUUAUUACUUGCAUGGCAAGUGUUAUGCACAGGAAAUACUGUCUCCCAUAGACACUAGAGAAACAAAAGCAGUUUGAUUGGCAGUAGAUAAGGGGAGCAGGUACUGUGGAAACAGACUCAUUGAGCCCAACCUCAGAAUUUCCUUUAUCGUCAGCUAAGUAUCAGAAUGAGCUGUUUGUGAUUGUGAUGUAAGUGUCAGUCGGUGUCAGUUGCUGUACUGAAAUUAGGUCCUUCAAGGUUUUUUCUUACCACGGUGUGAGAAGGAGCAUAAAGGCUGAGAUGACAACUUACAGCUUCAACAUCUUCAUCAUCCUCACAGUUUAUCUGAGCUUCAGCUUCCACCCAAGUCAAGGUUUUAAGGUGAUUCAGCCGCAGUAUCAGACUAUAAACCCGGAUGGAUCAGCCACUAUCAGCUGUGAGCACAAAGCAAACGUCAGUUCUGUUAAAGAUGUUCGACUCAACCGCGUCUCAUUACAAGGCGGAGUUGAACGGUUGAUGCUCUGCCAGAAGGGAAAUACAGGCUGUAAGAACACUGUCAUGUAUCAAGAGAAUCCCAACAAGUUCCUUUUCAUCUUACUCAACAUCGGGCCAGAGGCCACGAAAGUGGCAUACGAGUGUGAGUUCACGGUGAAAACCGGUCCACUAGACAACACCAAGAGAGGAACACCAACCCAACUGCGGGCAGGUCAAAACAAAACAGAGGACUACGUACCUCCCUCUCUCUCUCCUCCUCCUCCUCCUCCCCCUUCUCAUCUUGUGGGUUAUCAACUCAUCUGGAUUCUGAUUGGUCUGCUGGCUCUGAUAAUACUCUACAGCUCUGUCAUCACCUGCGUCUAUAUCAGAUUCAGGAUGACUAGCAACAACAGAGAACCUGACAACUGCACCUAUGUGGAAAUGAGGAAAGCUCCUCUGACAGCGGAUUCACCUCUCGGCAUUUUCUGCGGGUAGCUGACCCGUGUCUUUUAACCACCGCUGAGGGAAAACAUGGACACCCCGACCCUUGGGGUGCUAUUUCAUGCAACUGGUGUCAUCGUAUCAAACUCUCACUCUGUUUUUGUGGAUGUGAUGAAAACUCUUGUAAUACUGAAGCUAAACAGCAGGGUGAGACAAAGACUGUCUAAAGCAAUGAUGAUUCUGCUACUGUGUUCAUCUCUGCUUUUACAGCAGCAACAUAAUAUUAUCCAUUAAAUAGGACAUAUAUACACACACAUACAUAUAUAUGUAUAUAUAUGAAUAUGUACAAUUUAUUAUUAAUUUUUUCAAUAAUUUUGUUGCGGAAAAUAUAUUUAGUAAUCAAAAGGCAACACCUGGGAAAGAGAGAACAUGAGGAUAAAUGGGCAAGAGAGAAAAAUUAAUGAAUCGGAUAUAAAGCCCCUAGAACUGCUCUUCACCAUAAAUUGUCCUUUUACAUUGUCCUUUUUUUCCCAAUGAUACCUGAAGUCCAUGUCCUUUAUAUUUGCACUAUAAAUGUUGAUUUAACUUUUGUUUAUUUCCAUUGUGUAGCCAAUGUACUUUAUUUUAUAUACUGUAUAAUUCACAUUGCUAUUUCGGUCCAGUCUGUAGCAGCACUUUAGGGCUUUACAGGUAAUGAUGGGCAUGUCUCCCACCAUGCCCAUCAUGGCCGCUGAUCCAGAAGCCCUCAUCACACAGGGGAUGGGCCUCCUCCAUUAGAAUCUGGAGGAGUGGGAAGAAGGGUGAACCCUGCAAUGAGCCAAACUCCUACUAUAAGUCUGGGUGUUCUGCCCUUAAACAUCCCCGAAUAAAACAAAAAUAAAGAGCCACCUCCAUUCCUGCUGCCUUUGAACACGGUAGUAAGUGUAUUCACCAUGACAUGUAGUUACUAUUUCAUUUGUUUUGUCUUGAUAUUUGAAUGUUCUGUUGUACUUCUGUCCGUUUUAGGGUAGCUUUUAUUUCGCCUCAAUAUAUUUCAUCAAUAGAAAAUAUAAAGGACAACCCUUAAAACAUUUGGGCCUCAUUUUAAAUAUGAGGCCCAGUGUAAACAUGAUGGUUGUGUAUCUGACAAUACACAGAUUUGAGGCCUACAACAUAAAAUGCAUGAAUGUAUAGCUGCUCCCAUUGAUUAUAUUUUAGGUGCAAUGCUGACAAUGGACAGGAGAGGGAGACACUGGCUCUCUCACACUCAUUAUUUCUGUCACAGUAAAGACACAUGAAAACA